GACUUAAAAAGGGGACGAAAUCAAGUCUUCAUAAAGACCAGAACAGUUUCUUUAUGGUUUCCCACCGUUAACGCGUAGACUCAAAGGUUCAAACGGCAACGAUCCAUCACUCUCUGCUCUUUCUCUCCAUUUCAAAUUUUCUCGGCGACUUUCUCUCUCACUUUCCGGCAUUGUUCCAAACAAAGCUGCUGCUUUGCUGCUUCUUCUUCACAAGCUUAGUUAAUCCAGAACUCCUCAGUUCUUCUUCUUCGCUUGCUCGCUGCGUUCGGAUCUGUCCGGUCACUUGCUUCCGGCUUCAAUUGAUUCAAGCACUGUUUGCUUGACGAGAAAGUUGACGAAGAUAUCAUAAUCAAGCUUAGCAUAUGUGUGCCGUUGAAGUAGCAGAACGAUUGGAGCGUGGUAGUUGGGUUUCAUGAUGAUCAAUAAGUUGCGAAACCAGGCUCAGAGCUAUUGAUGCAAUUUUGUAAUCACCAAAAUGAAGAAAUCUUAUGGCGGUAUUGUGGCUGCAAGUUUGUUCAUGCUGCUAGUUUUGAGAUAUGCCAUCCUAAACUACCCCACUGGGGAUAGUUUCUUGACCAAUGCACUCUACACCAAUACUAGUAAUCCUCUUGAAUGGUUAAAUACUGUUCCACCUGCAGUUCAGAAUCCAGAGAAUGCUUCUCAAGUUAUUUCUGCUGAGAUUAUAGUCUUUAGCCUCUUUGCUCAGAGGAAUGUAUCCAAUGAGGAACAGCAAACUAUGCAGACAUGGAACCUUUUGAAACACCUUAUCAAUCAAGCUCAGGGUUUGCCCCAUGCGGUGGAUGCUAUAAAGGAAGCUGGAGGUGCAUGGAAUAGCCUUAUGGCUUCAGUUGAAGAGCAAAGACUUGGUUAUACAAAUGAAAGUUCACCUGGGAAAGCAAAAGAGAAGCAGUGUCCUUAUUUUCUCAAUAAAAUGAAUGGGACAGGAAUUGAUAAUAAUGUUCAUAAGUUGCGGGUUCCUUGUGGCCUGACUCAAGGUUCUUCAAUUACAAUUAUUGGCGUUCCAAAUGGACUUGUUGGGAAUUUUCGGAUUGAGUUGACAGGGGAGCCUCUUCCAGGGGAGCCUGAUCCACCCGUUAUAUUGCAUUACAAUGUGAGGCUAAAUGGUGAUAAGCUAACUGAGGACCCCGUAAUUGUCCAGAACACCUGGACUGUUGCUCAUGAUUGGGGUGAAGAGGAGCGUUGCCCAUCCCCAACUCCUGAAAAGAACAAUAAAGUGGAUGAGUUGGACCAGUGCAACAAGAUAGUCGGAAAAACUGAAGAGCAGAGGAUACGUUCCAAUGUUUCAAGACAGUCUUCAACUGUGCAAGACGGAUCAAAGUCCAGAAGAUACUUUCCAUUUAAGCAAGGUUAUCCAUUUGUUGCUACACUUAGAGUGGGUUCAGAAGGAAUCCAAAUGACCGUUGAUGGGAAGCAUCUAACAUCUUUUGCAUUCCGUGAGACUUUGGAGCCAUGGCUUGUUAGUGAAUUAAGGAUAUCUGGAGACUUGAAACUAAUUUCUGUCCUAGCCAGCGGUUUACCCUCAUCAGAGGAUUCGGAGCACAUAAUUAAUUUAGAAGAACUCAAAUCUGCUCCUCUCUCUCCUCACAGACGAUUGGAUCUCUUUAUUGGUGUUUUCUCUACCGCAAACAAUUUUAAACGAAGAAUGGCUGUUCGAAGAACAUGGAUGCAGUAUGCUGCUGUGCGAUCAGGGGCAGUUUCAGUGCGCUUUUUUGUUGGUUUGCACAAGAACCAAAUUGUGAAUGAAGAACUCUGGAACGAGGCACAAACCUAUGGAGACAUACAGCUGAUGCCUUUUGUUGAUUACUAUGGCCUCAUUACCUGGAAAACUUUGGCCAUCUGCAUCUUUGGGACAGAGGUUGUUUCAGCAAAGUUUGUCAUGAAGACGGAUGACGAUGCAUUUGUCCGUGUGGAUGAAGUGCUAGCUUCCUUAAACAGGAUCAAGGUGACUCGUGGGCUGCUUUAUGGCCUCAUUAACUCAGAUUCCCGACCUCAUCGAAAUCCAGAUAGCAAGUGGUAUAUCAGCCCUGAGGAAUGGCCCGAACAGACCUACCCGCCAUGGGCACACGGUCCUGGUUAUGUGGUAUCGAAUGACAUAGCAAAGGCAGUUUCGGCACGGUAUAAGAAAGGCAGUUUAAAGAUGUUCAAGCUAGAAGAUGUGGCGAUGGGCAUCUGGAUUGCAGAUAUGAAAAAGGAGGGUCUAAAUGUACAGUACGUGAAGGAAGAGAAGGUCUACAACGAAGGGUGCAAGGAUGGCUAUGUCGUUGCGCAUUACCAAGGUCCGAGGGAGAUGCUUUGCCUGUGGCAGAAAAUUCAAGAAGGCCAAGUUGCUAAAUGCUGUGGGGGCGAUAGGUAGACAAAAUUCGAUUAUCCAUUGGAAACCUUUUAUAGCUUCAUUAGCCUCCAUCGAAGCUGAAAAGAGAAAUCUUGGCAACCCGAUCUUUUUGCAGAGAGUAGUUGACCAAGAUUGACCAAGGCGCUAACUAAAGAGGAGAUAUAUUUUAGUGACUAGCCGACCACCAUUGCUGUAUAUUUUAGUGAUAUUACAUAGUGUGAUGCCAUAGGAUAUAUAGUGUUGAAAUUUUGCGCGUUCAGGCUAGGAUGCAAAAAAACUUACAUGUAAUGGGGAUAGUAUUGUUUUGCUAUCCCAGCCAAUAACAAAAUGACACGUGGAAAAGUUAUCCUACGUGUUAUUGCGUUAUUGGCCGGGAUAACAAAAAGUGCAAUCCCCGUUACAUGAGAGUUUCCUUAGGAUGACACACACAGAGGAGAAAUGUGUUGAAAUGUAUAGAAUCUGCGCGCAGUUAGCAUGAUUUACCUAGAAUCCUCAUCAUUUUCUUA